ACAAUGUGCUUGGCUAAAUACUCAAGUAUUUGCUUUGAACAAGACUGAAGUGCUUGCAGGGGUGUAGUGGAGCUGUCCCCUGAGAGUGUGAUGGCACUCAAGGACAGGAUGCUGUUCCCGCUGCCCCUGCGUGCAGCCUGCAGCCUGCUGGCCUGGUUCUGCCUCUACAAAUGGUUCUGCCACCGCUACCGACACCGGAACCUCGAGUGGAGCUGCAGGCUGGUCACCCUGACCCACGGCAUCCUCGCCACGUGUCUGUCUGCUUACAUCGGCUUCAUCGAUGGCCCCUGGCCCCUGAGUCACCCAGGGUUACCCAACACGACCCUUCAGGUGCACGGGCUGUGCCUUAGCUUGGGCUACUUCAUCUUCGACCUGUGUUGGUGCGUGUACUUCCAGACGGAGGGUGCCCUGAUGCUGGCCCACCACCUGGUGAGCAUCGUGGGCAUCGCCGCCUCCCUGGCCCUGGGCGAGUCGGCCGCGGACGUCAACGCCGUCAUUUUUGGCAGCGAGAUCACCAACCCGCUGCUGCAGGCCCGCUGGUUCCUCAAGGAGCUGGGCCGCUACCACACCUUCACGGGCGACGUGGUGGAUUUCCUCUUCGUGGUGCUCUUCACCGGCGUGCGCAUCGGGAUGGGCGCCUGGCUGAUGUACUGCGAGCUGGCCUCGCCCAGGCCGCGCUGGUACAUCAAGAUGGGAGGGGUCGUCAUGUACGUGGUGUCCUGGGUGUUCAUGGUCAGCAUCUGCCGCUUCGCCCGCAGGAAGAGCAUGAGGAAGUACCAGGAGUGGAGGAGCCGCAGGAGCCGCGAGCUGGGCUUGAAAACCAACGGGCAUCUCAAAAGCCGCUGAGUGGGCGCUGAGCAAAGAGUUCCUCGAGUUCACGGGCUGGCAAGGAGGGGCACCGUGCCUGAAAUGCCACUGUCGGGAGAGGAGCCAACGCACGUUAGCAGUGCUGGAGCCAAAUUUAUCCCUGGCAUAACUCCACUGAAAUCCACGGAGCUGUGCCACGGAUUCACUGGACCUGGCUCGGUGUGUACGUAAGCACAGCCUGAACGAGGAGGGAAAGAAGGGCUACUUUUAUAGACUAAACUAGUCCAGCAGUGCAGGUGUAAAUAGUGAUGUCUGUAGCCAACUCCUUCAGGAUCUUGGAGGAGAGGAGGAGGUAACACUAGGUCUCCAUGUCCAGCGUCCUGUGCAGUCUAGGCAGCUAGAGUGACUCUUCAUGCUGGUAGGAAGAAGUGUUCUAGUGUUGCAUCCAAGCUGGGGUUCCUGGCUCUUCCACCACCUCGAUGUGUGACCUUGGGCAAGUCACACAACUCAGACUCUGUGCCUAAUUCCCCCUCUGUGACUUGGGGGUGAUGGAGCUGCUCCAUCUGUUUGCACUUUCAGAUUUUUACUUGAGAGGUGCUAUAUAAAUGCAAAGUGAUGGUUGUAAUCUGCACUUGGAUCAUUAUCCCUUUGUUUCCCCUGGGAGAAACUACUUUGGUGGUUGAGCUACAGCAACACUCUAGAAAAAUCAGUAUUUUAGGUAGGUAGCUGUUUCCUACCCUAACUCCUUUUAAUAACUUAUUUAUUAACAUAUUGAUAACUUAUUUUUUGUAGUGUCCAGAAGCUCUAGUCAGCACUGGCGCCAUACAGGACUAGGUGCUCUGUGAAUGCACCCAAAGACACAGACUCAGAAGGGAAAAUUUUUUCGUGAUUUUUCCCUCUUCUUCCCUGACUGUUAAAACUCCUCUACAAACACUGCUUUUAGCUCCCUGGGUAACCAGCACACUCCAUUUUGACAAGCCCCAUCAGGAUUUGCCAGUCAGGGGUUUUCUUGCUGAUGAGCCAAGCCCCUGAUUUUGUCUCCAGAACAUCAACAUUUCUUUUGCUGUGCCCCAAAUCCAAAUUGGGAUUUCUGGUUGCCCAGAAUCUGCCCUGUGGAAGCCACAGACUGACCUUGGCUCUCCUUCAUCUGAAUUAAUGCCUUGACCCCUGGGCUUUGAUUUCCCUCUGACUGGGUCUGAGUCACUUGAUAAAAGUGAACAUGUAGAGGGUUAGAGAGAUUUAUUUUACUUAGUUAUUAAAGAAGUGAGAGGCCUGUAAUCUGGUCUUUUUUAAGGAAAAAAAAAGCAAAACAAAAACAAAAAACCCCAAAAAAUACCUGACUGGGAGAAAAAUAAGCAUUACUUAUCUGGUCCCAUUUGCAGGGGAAACCUAUGCCCAGUUGGCAGCUUCUGGAGUUUAUUUCAUUGCAUGUUCUUAAACUGUUCCUUUGUUGUUGCUGUGAUUUUGAGCUUUUCCUUUGAGCCUCCAUUGCAGCUCAGGUACCCCUUUUUGCUUGAGCCUUGCCUGCUGCAGCCAAAGACCUGAAGAAACCCCCCCCCCCCCACAAAAAAAAACCCAACCAAACAAAAACAACCCUUCAGAUGAGCAGAGCCAACUGAUGAGCUGGUCCUGGAAAGGAAACUUGACUCAUUCAGCACUAUCAAGCCUUGAAAGGAGACCAGAAGGGCUGGUUGGGGCUUGGUGGUUCUUUUCCCCAGCUCUGCUGCUCUGUUGAGCACAUCCAGGAGCCUUUUUGCCUCAAUUUAACCCACUUUGGGAAGUGGGUCCAGUCUUGCCUACCUCGUAGGGUGUCUCCAUUUAGCACCAAGCCACCUGUGAUGAAUUCUGGGCGGUUUGCAUAAAAACAAACUCUGUGCUGUAUAAAAGUUGCUUUGAGUGAAGCACUUCCCGCUAUGAGCCAUCAGCAGUGCUUUGUCACCUGAACUGGGCACUUCCCAGCAUCCCAAAAGCAAGGAGAGAGGUGUUUAGCAAAGGUGCUUUAAGGGCAGGAGUCACAGGGACUGAGCUGGACGUGCACAUAAAGGUCAGCUGUGCUGCUGCAGCUUCACAGGGAACCCCAAGCUGAGGAAAAGGUGUCUGCUGGGUUUUCCCUGGUCAGCACUGUAGGAAUCUGGAGCCAAAAGAGUCUCAGGCACCAGCCUGAGCAGGGAAUGAGGGAUUUCAGCAGCAGCUCCUGGAGAAAUGGAGGUGAAAACAGACUGGCCAUUCCCGGUGAGCUGCUGAAAACCAAGGGUUUGGGCUCUGACCUUUGCUGAGGUUUGGGGUGCAGCUUUAUGGGGUCACAGCCCUUACCUGCCCGGGUGGAUGAGGAUGGCAGGGACUGCAGUAUCUGUGAAUCACCUGUUUGAAGGUGUUUUUGAAAUACAAGGGUUGAGUGGUCCCCUUUUCUGAAUGGGGGGGGUAAAUUUGGUUGGGAAGAAGGAGAACACCGCUCAGCUCUGAGGCUUUAGAAGGCAAACAAGAAAACAAAAGGGCAAUUAGGAAUGGCUUUAUGAGGCAGAGAAAGGCCUCAGAGCCCAUUUAGUGGGCUCCAGCAUAGAAUCACUGACCCAAAAGUACAAAUUCCGAGCUGUCCUCAGGCUAGUCCAUAGUGGCUAGAGCAAACUGUGAGAGGAAACUGCAGAACUAGUGUGAAAUAAUAACUUGUGUCUGAAUUACUGUGUAAUAGCAACUAAUGUUCCACCAGUGAAUGGUGUAGAUGCUUUGUAUUAUGUUUUAUAAAAAUAAAGAUUAUUUAAUUAUAUGAGGAAUUGGUUUUCUCUGUUUGGGCGCUGCUCUUAAGUCACAGAUUGCACGUGAUGGUUUU